GGCCUGGGGAGUGGGGGAGGACGGAGCUAGAGACCCGGAACUCGCGCUUUGUGCAGAGUGUGCAGAGUGGACGCCGACAGGAUGUAAUCUUCACGAACACCUAGUGAUGCCAUUUUCCUGGUGCUUAAACUGAGGCACAGAGAGGUGAAAUGACUUCCUCAAGUCACAGCACAACUAAUGACCAGGAAUUAAGCCCAGGUAGCCCACAGCUUUACCCACUACAUUAAGUUGUAGUGAACUUGGUUUGUCAUCGAGUUUCAGUUGACAGAUACUGAUUUUGUUUCUGUGGACCAUGUUCUUUGCUGGGUACAGGGGAUAAAGUAGAAGAGCAUGCAGACCCUGCUUUCCAGGUGCUUGCAAUCUGGUGCAGGUUGUUCAUAGUUAGACUGCAGGGUGCUCAUGAAUCCUGCUAAAGUCUUUUGCAAAAUGGAGGUGACAAGAUCACAUUUUGAGAAGAAGCUGGAAAGAAGCCCAAGUGGAUUAAGAAGCCCUGGAUGAGGACAGGAUCUCUGGGGAGAAACUCUAAGGUAUGAUGAGUACCUUCUGAGUCUCAGGAUGGUGGGAAUUAGCCAGUGGAUUGCAGGCAUGUUGUGGAAGUUGCUGAUUAGAUCCCAACCCUGCAGGCUCUGUUCUUUCAGAAAGAUGCUGUCAGCUCCAAAAUACACACCUUUUCUAGCAUCCUUCACCUAUACAACUGAUAAUCAGUCAAAUAGAGAAAAUGAAAAGACAGUAGAAAAGCUCUAUAAAUUGUCAGUUGACAUCAGGAAAAUUCGAAGAUUAAAAGGAUGGGUACUUCUGGAGGAUGAAACCUAUGUUGAAGAAAUUGCAAAUAUUUUACAACAGCUAGGUGCCGAUGAGACUGCUGUAGCCAGUAUCUUGGAACACUGCCCAGAAGCAAUUAUCUGCAGUCCACCUGCUGUUAACACCCAGAGAGAACUCUGGCAGUCGGUUUGCAAGAACAAGAAAGAGUUAGUUAAGUUAAUAGAACAGUUUCCAGAAUCUUUCUUUACUGUUAAAGACCAGGAAAACCGGAAGCUGAAUGUUCAAUUCUUUCAAGAGUUGGGACUCAAAAAUGUGGUCAUUAGUAGAUUUUUGACAACUGCAUCUAUUAUUUUUCACACUCCUAUUGAGAAGAAUAAGCAAAUGAUAAAGGUUCUUCAAGAGAGUUAUCUAAAUUUAGGUGGCUCUGAGGUCAACAUGAAAGUUUGGCUACUAAAAUUAUUAAGCCAAAACCCAUUUAUUUUGUUAAAUUCUUCUGCAUCUAUAAAGGAAACGCUAGAAUUUCUCCAGGAGCAGGGUUUUACAAACUUUGAAAUUCUCCAACUUCUCUCCAAACUCAAAGGAUUUCUGUUUCAACUUUGCCCAAGAAGUAUACAGAACAGUAUGUCCUUCUCUAAAAAUGCUUUUAAAUGUACUGAUCAUGACCUGAAGCAAUUAGUUUUGAAAUGUCCUGCCCUUUUAUAUUAUUCUGUUCCAGUUUUGGAAGAGAGAAUUCAGGGAUUAUUGAAAGAAGGAAUUUCCGUAGCUCAGAUAAGAGAGACGCCAAAGGUUCUUGAAUUAAUGCCACAAAUAGUACAGUACAGGGUAAGGAAACUGAAUUCCUUAGGCUAUAGAAUAAAGGAUGGAUAUCUAGCAAAUCUAAAUGGAACAAAAAAAGAGUUUGAGGCUAACUUUGGUAAAAUUCAGGCCAAAAAAGGAAGGCCAUUAUUUAAUCCUGUGGCACCAUUAAAUGUGGAAGAGUAACUUGCUGACUGACGUUGCUCCUUUCAGUGCCGAGUAAAACCGAGUAGCAAAAACUUAAGUGAUUCAGGCAUAGUGUGGGCACCAGUAAUUUUAAGAACCUACUUAGCUUCUGAGUUGUGUUUAAAUGACCUCUAAGUAGAAAAUCUCUCACUCAAUUUCUGUAAUUAAAAAUAUAAAUUGCAUUUAUUUUAAAUAAAGUUUGUAAUUUUGACCUUGAGCUAUUUCAAAAAAGUAUUAAAUGGUCUAUCAGUGUGAUAUUUUAUAAGUGAGUAAUUUCUAAGAAACUGACAAGUGCACUCCAUUCAAAGUAUGGAUACAUUUUUACUCAUAUAGCACAUUUCACCUGGGAUGCAGACCCAGCCUUCUUUCUCAACACCAGCUCUGAAACAUCACUCUACUAUGGUGUGAAUUCUGUAGCUUAGGGUUUAGUGAAACAUUAGCAAACUUCUAAUACAUUUUUGUGGAGUAAGUUGAUUUCAUCUCCAGGUUGGAAUAAGGGAAUAUCUUUGAGAACCAAGUAUUGCCCAUCAAAAGGAAUAAUUAGAGCUUAUUUGUGUAGUCAGUUUGUUUAAAAUUGACUAUUUUAUCUCAUGAAACACUUUUAUGUGCAUUUAUUACUUUCCCCUUUUUACAGAUGAGGAAGCAAGCUUAGAGAGCCAUCCAGCUGCCACAUGCCAGAGCCCAGAUUUACUAAGAUCUCUCUUCUGUUCAAACCUUGUGAACAGAAAAAGGAUUGCUUAUGAGUUGGCAUAAGAAAAGUCACCCCUACCUGACAUGCUAAAAGAGUACCAACUACAAAUUUAGGGAUUUUUAUGAAAACAUCUCUGUAAAAUUCCUUAAAUUUGAAAUGAUCUAAUUUGUAUAAACUUUCUGAAAAUCCAGGUCUGACUGUAAGAUAUGAAAGGUAAAGUGUGUGAUGGUUGGUACUGAUUUUAGUUAGGUUUCAAGUUUCUAUUUCUAAACUUUGUUCCAAGAUAAAUAUGCAAAUAAAGACUGGCUCACUUUCAGCUGUGGAGUUUGAACUCUGUCAAACAAUUGACACUCAAACAUCUGCGUAUGUGUGCGUGGCCUUAAGUAAUGAAAACAUGAAAAAUGCAGGCCACGUCUUCACUCUAUUCCUUCAUUCAGCAAAUGCAGGUAACCCUCACUCUCCCAAUCUGUUCAGUUCCUUAGCUAGGAAAGUGAAAGGUAUCUCUGUGCAGCACCUACUAAGUGCUGGGCACGUUGUGCUUUACAACUCUAAGAGCUAAGUACCACUGUUUAUUGUUCUAACAGAUGAGGACAUUCAGGCACAAAGAGGGUAAGUCACUUACUCAAAGUCACACAGAAAUGUAUGUCCAAGAGAAAGCAUGGCAGCCAGUAUAGUCGGGGCAGAGUUAAGUGAUGGGAAGAAUGACACAAGAUGAGCAUCACAGGUCCAUCUAAGGAACAGGAUCUCAUUCUAAAUGUGAUGGCAGAUUUUAGUUUAUGCUUGGCAGAUCUGGCAGAUUUUAGUUUAUGCUUGCUGUCCUGACCAAAUUAUCAGCAGUGCUUUCACCCUCAAAAGUAUCUCAGUUUGGAAUACAUUAUAUGGUCACCUUGGUAGUUCCAUGUUAGAUGUCAAUUUUAAGAUGCCUACAAGAAUCUGAGCAGAGAUUUCAAAUAGAAAAAUGGUGAAGUCUGGAGUAGUGAGAAAUCAGGACUGGAGAUACAGAUAAUCAGGGAUCAUGUGCAUAUCUAUGGUAUUUAAAGCUAUAGCUCUGGGUGAGACUGCCAGAAAGAAGAUAGAUUUGGAGUAGUGGCUGACCAAGCCCAGAAAGGAUUGACCAGAGUAAGUCUGCCAAGAAAAGAGGGCAUUUUCAAUAAUAUUGAAUACCAUGGGGAGGUCAACUAAGAUAAGGAGAAGUGACUAGUGGAUCUGGCUAAAGGGAAAUCAUUGGUUGGCCCUAUCAAGAGUGAUUCUGGGGGAUUCCCUGGUGGUGCACUGGUUAAGAAUCCGCCUGCCAAUACAGGCGACACAGGUUUGAGCCCUGGUCCAGGAAGAUCCCACAUGCUGCGGAGCAACUAAGGCCUUGUGCCACAACUACUAAGCAAGCCUGCCAUGAGCUCAUGAGCCACAACUACUGGAGCCCACGCGCCUAGAGCCCAUGCUCUACAACAAAAGAAGCCACCGCGAUGAGAAGCCCACAUACUGCAACAAAAGAGUAGCCCCCGCUCACCACAACUAGAGAAAGCCCACGCACAGCAACGAAGACCCAAUGCAGCCAAAAAUAAAUAAUUUCUUUUAAAAAAGUAAUUCUGGUGGAAUGAGAAAGGUAAGAAGGCAGCUGGAGUGGGCUGAAAGAAUAGGCGAUGAGGGCUUCCCUGGUGGUGCAGUGGCUAAGAAUCCGCCUGCCAAUGCAGGAGACAUGGGUCAGAGCCCUGGUCCGGGAAGAUCCCACAUGCUGCGGAGCAACUAAGCCCGUGCGCCACAACUACUGAGCCUGCGCUCUAGAGCCUACAAGCCACAACUACUGAGCCAAUACGUCGCAACUACUGAAGCCCACAUGCCUAGAGCCCAUGCUCUGCAACCAGAGAAGCCACCGCAAUGAAACCUGCGCACUGCUCUGAAGCGUAGCCCCCGCUCGCCGCAACCAGAGAAAGACUGCACAUAUCAACAAAGACCCAACGCAGCCAAAAUAAGUAAAUAAAUUUUUAAAAAAUAGAUGAGGAAGAGUCAGGGACUAUAUAGUUUUUCAAGAAGUUUUGCUGCAAAAGCAGAAAAAUGGAAUUAUGAGAUUCAUUUUUCUUUAAAGAAAGGAAAUAGUGGAACAUGUUUAUAUGCCGAUGGGUAUGACCCAAGGAGAGAGAGAUGGAUGAGAUGGAAAAUUAAUUAAUCUUAAGGAUUAAUAUCCUUGAGGAAGUGAAGGUGGACUGACUUUGGAUAAGAGCAGAGAUACUAGUCCUGGUCCACAGAGCAUGGGAACAGAUGCAGGCAGCUUGAUAGAGUGUGCAUUGUAGAGGCAGUAGUCUUGCUGUCUGGUUGCCUCUUUUUACAGAGAGAUUUAGAAUGGGAGGAGGGGAGUAUAGCAGGGGAGAUGGAAAGAGGAGGUAUGAAAUAAUAGUCAUUUUGAGGAGUAGGAAAGUAAACAAACAUGAAGGUAUAUAACAAAGUUUAGCAGAGUUGAGUGGCCAUGUGUGCUUUGUGGCCAUUAAUUUAAGAAGAGCUUUGUCAGUACAGCAGCAAACGAGGCAGUUAUGGUUACAGAAAUGCAUUUGUAGCUUACUCUAACUUGAAAAGUUUAAACUAAAAAAAAAUCCACAUUCAUGGUCAAACAUGCAGUAUACUGACCUGUCCUUUACACCAAAUCCUAGUCCGUUAUCUUUUAGCCCUUGAACCUCUGCCUUUUUCUAUUCUUGCAUUCUUACUCAGAUCUU